AAAGUUUGACUCAUCAAAUCGUCGUCAGUUUGCGUGUUUCUUUCCAAUCGUGCGUAAAUUUGGCCACUUUUUGAAAGAAUUCCCCGAAUAUCUGUUGCCUGGAGCAGUUGUGGAAAGCCCUGUUACUCGAUUCCUUGAAAACAGCCCGUCUGGCAGUGGAUUAAGCCUGUUUCAGAGCAGUUUAUUCUUGAGCAAGUACCGGAGAACACCCCCGAGGGUCAUUUCCAGUCGUCCAAAAUGGCAAAAAUGGCGUUCCAACAUCAGGCGGGCACGGCGAUGGAAUGUUUGAGCAUUCCCAUCACGUUGCACAAGGAAAAAGACGUCGACGAGGAGGGUCGUGAAGUGUUGAAAUGUGGCUUCAAAAUAGGCGGCGGAAUCGAUCAGGACUUUAAGAAGAGUCCUCAGGGAUAUACCGACUAUGGUAUCUACGUGACGGAGGUGCACGAGGGCAGUCCGGCGGCCAAGUCCGGGCUACGGAUGCACGACAAGAUCCUCCAGUGCAACGGGUACGACUUUACGAUGGUAACGCACAAAAAGGCCGUCAGCUACAUUCGGAAAAAUCCCGUCCUCAAUCUGCUGGUCGCCCGGAAGGGCGUCACGUCGACUUAAAUUCCAACCAUCAACCAUCACGGAAAAGAGAGAGACUUUGUUAUCGUGUAGGUAAUUUUAACAUUACAUUGAAUUUUGUAUUUUUUACACAUUACACACGCAAACACACACACACAUGCGGCCGGAAUGUUUUUUACCGCGCGUAAACGUUUUUAUGUUAAGGUUAAUUUUACACUCAAAUAUGAUAAUACGUGUAUAAGCUUAGUGCUAAAGUAGGACGCAGGUACAAGAUAGCAUCAGUGAUAGCGGGCAGUUUCAUAUACUCAAUCACAUACACACGAAUGCUGCCAAAUUCCAUCCAUCAUUUUCGUACUUGUUUUUAUGACAUUGCCUUUUCAAAAAAAGAAAUACGUUCACAAGGAAGUUUUUUUUUCUUCAAAAUUACGAACCUCUUAGCCGCAUUAAUCCUAUAUCCUUUUUGGAAGUAAAUUUUAAUUCUUAUCAAUGGACAACGUCCACAUGUAGGACACCCAAUUAUUCCUCUACAAAUACAGGUAGAUAUUCGCAUUAGAUGAGCAACACUUGUUUCUUAGUUUUACAUAUAUAGAUUUAUCGGAAAUGAAUGCAUGCCAAAGUAA